AUGAAGGUCAAGGAAAUAGAGCGGCGGGUCCAUCGACGUCAUAAGACGACGGACAGGCGACGGCAAGGAUUGGAAGAACGCUUAAGGGGUCUAAGGUAUCCCAGCAAGUUAUUGGAGAAGGUGAACAUCGUAGAAAUACCUGGCAUAUUGGAAGUAAGGAAGCAAGUAUCCCGAGUGUUCCCCUUCAAUGAUGCCUGCCAGUGGUUCAUUGACCGCGCAGAUAUUAUAUUCCUUGUGUAUGAUCCUUCUAAACUCGACGUUGGUCCGGAAACAGAAGCAAUUCUAGAUCAGCUAAAAGGCAGGGAAUCUCAGACGCGUAUAGUCCUAAACAAAGCAGACAUUGUAAAACCCGAAGAGCUGAUGCGGGUACAGAGUGCAUUAAUUUGGAACAUUUCUCCCCUCAUGAGUUCACCACAGCCUCCGGUUAUGUACACUGUGUCACUCUGGUCUAUGCCCUUUGAAGUAUCCGCUCCUGUAAGGCUACUGCAGGCUCAAGAGCGCGAGCUCUUGCGUGAUCUGCGACAAGCGAUAGACAGGCGCAUUGAAAACAAAAUUGCCAGCGCUCGGCGGUUUGCUGUGCGUGUAAGGAACCACGCUAAAAUGGUGGACUGUUACCUAACCACCUACUACAACCACAAGACGAUCUUCGGCAACAGGAAGCUGAUUGCAGACGCCAUUAUUGAGAGUCCUCAGAAUUAUCACAUCUACGAGGGUCUCAGCACGCUUACUAACAUUUCUAGGUAUGACCUUCCCGACCCUGACACUUACAGAGACUUCUUCCGUCUGAACCCUCUGUAUGAGUUCCAGCAGCUAUCGGCCACUUGCACGUACUUCCGUGGCUGCCCCAUCACCAAGCUGGACGUGGCAAUCGCCUACGACCUUCCUGAGCUUGUCGGGAAAUACAAGAAGAUGGUCGAAACUGCCACCCCCCAAGGAAUGCCCAAGAGUUGAAACCUACGCAAUAAAACCCGCUUUUUUUUACAUAGGAUUGGAUGUUGGGCACAUUUUGCAUUUCUACUAAUCGGGCGAUAUAGUUUUUGGUUUGAAAUCGCAUUUUUUUAUCCAAUCGUUUAUAUUUAUUUGCUUAAAACUCGCUUGUUCAAACUCUUGAGGUGAAUGUGACGUGAUUUGUGAUUUACCUUUGAUUUCGUAGAUACCUUUGUAGUAUUUCCACCUUCCUAAUUAACACUGGCGGAACGUAUAUUUUAAUCUAGUCAUUUUGUUUAAGUUUGUUAGUGAAUAUUUAUUUAUUGUAAUAGCGCACUGUUGUUGAAAUCCAUUUAUUAUAGUGCGAUCUCUACCUGUCUUUGUUAGUAUAAGAUUUUAUUAAGAAAAAUAAAAAUAACUUGGAA